AUGGCCUCUUACUCCUAUAACACUCCACCUGGCGAUCCUAGGUACUAUCCCUUCAGCGCGACUCCUUCUCCGGCCGGAUCUCCAUCCGGAGGCGCGUACGGAUACAAUACGCGACCAUCACCUCGACACCACUCACGACACACAUCUUCUGGAGAUGCCUACGGGUACUCCCCACGCGGCGCGUUCUCGCCCAGAUAUAACUCCAGCGGAUACUACGCGACUGCUGCCAAUCCCGACGUGACGCCACAGUACGAAACACCACCAAGACAACGGCGCAAGUCGUCUUCGACACCACGACCACACACGACGCGUCCAUCUUCAUCACACAAGAAGACGGCGCCCGCUCCCAAGGCCACCGAGGCCGACGCGCGCAAACAUCGCAUUCCUGCAGGAUACUCGCUCAAGAACUGGGACCCAUCAGAAGAACCCAUCAUGCUCCUCGGCAGUGUCUUCGAUGCUAACAGCCUGGGGAAAUGGAUCUACGACUGGACAGUCUACCAUCAUGGUCCCGCGACACCCAUUGCUGACAUGGCAGGGGAGCUCUGGCUUCUUCUGAUCCAACUCGCGGGCAAGGUCAAGCGCGCCGAAGAAUGCAUGCCACGGAUACGAACGACAGAGAACAGAGAAAUGGUUGAUGACUUCAUCGAGUCAGGGGAACGACUCACGGACAAAUUGAAGAAGCUUUUGAAGUCAUGCGAAACGCCUAUGCUGAAGGCGGGCAAGAAGCAUGGAAAGGAUUCGGCCCAGUUGGGCAAGAACGCAGGAACAGAGUUUGUCGACUCCAUAUUUGGAAGGGACCGACAGCUCGAGUCGACGGAGAAGUUCAUGGCAUCAAUACGUCUAUGGAAUCUUCGAUUCGACGCCAACUGCGAGGAUAUUUUGAGAAAACCAGGACAAUAG